GUCAGUGCGCGACCGUGAAACAAACGUACCUUCCCUUAUUUUCCCUCCGGCCCGGACUGUGCGGGUCCGUUGUUGUUGUUGUGGUUGUUCUUGUUGUUGGAGGUCUUCUUAGUUGUUUUUUCUCUCGCUCUCUUGUUCUUCUUCUUGUCGUUAAUCUGUUCCUGCGCGUCGCGACAAGCCUCAGUGUACCAGUGUGUUAGGAUGUGUGAAACAAGAAGAAAGAUAAAAAGUGAAAAUAAGAAACGGCAUGCUGUCUAAUACAAAAAUGCAUUUUUCUAGUGCAAAACCCGUUACAGCGCCGUCCUUUUGCCGUUAUUACUUCGCCUGCUGCCGUUGUUUGCAGUGCAGGAGCAGCUUUUGGGAGGGUGCAACCAGCGCACCGAAAGGCAGGGAAAGCGAGGAGGAGGAGAGGACGCUGAACGGUACCGACCUUGAACUAUAUACUUGCGCAGUGUCCGUGUACCGUGCGCCACGUCCUUCAUCCCUGUUCGUGCGGUUGUGUUUAUGUGUGUGUGUGUGUGUGUGUGUGGGGUGCAGUAAAGUGCAACACACCCACACACACGCGCGUGUUGCUGCACCUGACCGUGGCCCAAUUGGCCACGGGUGCACCGAAAACCAACGGGACGGGCAACAGUGUCUCGGCCUGUAACGAGUGUCCUGUGCGUGUGUGUUGAUGCACCGGGACCAGAUUUAGUUAUGCUUCCGUUGCACGCGUGCUCUUUCUCUCUCGCUCCCUCUCUCUCUCAAAGAAGUUGUCCAUCGUGUUGUAACGAAUGCAUUUUCCGUGUGUGUGUGUGUGCGUUUGCAAAUCGGGUGCGCUGGCAGAAAGUGGCCUUCGCGAACCGUCCGAUGGCUUGGUAACUUCUGCGAGGUGUCUUCUCCUCCCCCUCCCACCCCCACACAACAAAAACAGGAAGCAGUGUUGAGCGAAAAUCGCCUGCCAGCUGGAGGAGAGCUGCAAUGCUGCAAUGUAAUGAAAAUCGGAACAACACGAAUGCAACCUUAGCGGUCGGGUUUUUGGGGACACAGUGCGAUGUGCGAUUCGCUCCAAAGCGGCAGACGGAGAGAUUGUAGUGUCCUAAUUGCCACGAAUUGCAUCCCAGGUGUGUGUGUGUGUGUGUCUGCGUCAUCCAGGCGUGUGUGCUGCCAGUGCCCCAUUCUAACGCCAAGUGUUGUCAAGGGCAGAUGGGUCUUGCUGGGUUGGUGAUAAUUGUGAAGAACCCUAGUCGCCGCAAUCUCUUGUAGCUGCUGCACCUGCGGGAACCAAAGUGUACCAAAGUGUGUCCGUCGUCCGAGUGUGUCGUACCAAAGCGGAGUGUGUGAAUGUAAAAGUGCGUGCGCGUGUGUUUUGGGCGGUUUGAAAAGUUCGUUUUAAAAGGAAAUAAAAAGUACAACGCAAAAAAAAGAAGUGUAAAAUAUUGCUCUGCUGGCACAAACUCGGAGAAAGAAGAAAUAUCGCGAGGAUGCACGAGGAAGCCACCUCAACGGCUAGCUCGUCCACGACCUCCCCGCCCGAAACGUCCUCGUCCUCGAACAUUGUGUACCCGAACGGUGACCCCAUGCUGCUGUCCACCUCGCCCACACCCGGCCCGGGUGUGGCUUCCUCCUCGUCCUCCUCCGCCUCCUCCUCUACGUCGUCAUCCACAUCCACCACCGCUAACCUGUACGAGGCGGUGGACCAGCAGGAGCUGCUACUCUCCAACAGUCAUCACAGUGCGGCCUUUCAUGGCCAUCAGCAUCAAAUUCAGCAGCAGCAGCAAAUGCACCACCAGCAACAUUCCCAGCAAGCGUUACAGCACGUAACGCCUAACCUGACAGCAGUGGGUACCAAAAUUAUCGUUAGCGGAGGUGUGCAUCAUACCAUGCAGCAGCAGCAUCAUCUGUCGCACGAACAUCAGACGCAUCAUCAACAUCAAACGCAACAUCACAGCCAUCACAACCACCUGCAGCAGCAGCAGCAGCUCCACCACCACCACCAUCCGUUACACCAUGCACAGACGCAGCAGCACCAUCAGCCAAGUUCCUCCACGAACGUGAUCGUUCCGGGCACGAGCCACGGCUCGCCGCCUCUGCUCGUUCAGGCCAGCUCGAGCGGCGUCUCCGACAUGCUGCUCGGGCAGGAUCCGAUAACGACGACCACCGUGGCGGCGGCGGCAGCGGCGACCGGUACCACCACCCUGCUCGCGCUAUCCCCGGACGACGUGGUCGAAUCGGUCAUCGAUGGGCGGGUCGUGACGGCCACGGAGGAGGACACACUGCUCAGCAGUCUGGCCGGUACGACGACGACCGACGGUGGUGGUGUGGUGGUGGACGAGGUCGAUGAUCACGUCGUCUCGAUGGUCGGUGCCGACGGGACGCUACUGGGGUGUGGCGACCCACUGCAAGGGGUCACACACCACUCUCACCACCAUCAGCAGCACCAUCUUCAUCAGCAGCAGCAGCCCAGCUCUUCGUCCAGUAUUACGAUCGUCACGGAAGAGGCCAUCCUUCCGCUGGCGGUGACGUCGGCAGCAUCGUCGUGCGUCCUGGCGGCCGUUACUACCCGCCGUUCGCCCGCCUCGUCCACGUCCGGUUCGUCCGAACCGGCCGCAUCGUCCUCCGGUGCGGUGCCGAUGUCCUCGGGCGGCACGAUCGGCAGCAGCCCCUCGUCGUCCACCAGCGCCACGACGGCCGUUGCGGUUGCGACCGUCGGGAGCAGUGGUGGGGCGCACGCAGGGGCCGCUAGCGGGUCGUCAUCGGCGUCUUCGGCGGCUGCUGGCAUCGUUAUGUCCGCCCUGUCGGUUCAUAACGAUGCUGCUGCCGCCCAUCUGACCGAGGCGAUCGAGAUCAACAUCCCGGAGGAGGACGACGGUUGCAGCUACGGCGAGGAUUCGGACGGCGGCGGUGGCGGUGUUGGCGGGACCACCGGUGGCGGUCCGUACCAUCACGGUGGCAGUGAUGGGGGCAUCGGCGGCAACAGCAACAGUAGCAGCGGUGGCGGCGGCGGAGGCAGCCAAGCGGCCGGCGGCCAAACGGCGGGCGGCGGCGGCUCCUCCUCGGCAGCGGCGGCAGCAGCGGCAGCCUAUCUGGCGAUACCGGCCUCAGAGCUGUGCCCGGUGUGCGGCGACAAGGUGUCCGGCUACCACUACGGGCUGCUAACGUGCGAAUCGUGCAAGGGCUUCUUCAAGCGCACCGUCCAGAACAAGAAGGUCUACACGUGCGUCGCCGAGCGCCAGUGCCACAUCGACAAGACGCAGCGGAAGCGCUGCCCGUACUGCCGCUUCCAGAAGUGUCUCGAGGUCGGCAUGAAGCUGGAAGCCGUGCGAGCCGACAGGAUGCGCGGCGGACGAAACAAGUUCGGGCCCAUGUACAAGCGGGACCGGGCGCGGAAGCUGCAGAUCAUGCGCCAGCGGCAGCUCGCCCUCCAGGCGCUGCGUGGCUCGAUCGGCGGCGGCGUCGGCAUCGGUACGCUCGGUUCGGACGGCGUUUCGCCCCAAUUGCAGGGUCUCGAUUACCACCAGCCGUACUCGAGCAUGCACAUCAAACAGGAAAUCCAGAUACCGCAGGUCUCAUCGCUCACGUCAUCGCCGGAUAGCUCGCCGAGCCCGAUCGCGAUCGCACUCGGCCAGGUUAAUCCGCAGACGACGAUAUCGCUCAGCAGCACCGGAGUCGGCGGCAACGGUGGUGGUGGCGGUGGUGGCGGCGGCGGCGGUGGCGGCGGCAACGGUGGUGGCAGCAAUGGGUCCGGUGCCGGCACCGGCAGCUCCAGCUCGAACAGCGCCACCAACAUCCAGAACCCACUGUCCGACUCGAAGCUGUGGAUGAGCGCCAACUCGACGACCGCCUCGCCCCACUCGCUCAGCCCGAAGGCGUUCAGCUUCGACUCGAAUCCCACCAGCACGGCCGACUCCGGCAACCCGGCCGACACCCUAAGGGUAUCGCCGAUGAUCCGCGAGUUCGUCCAGUCGAUCGACGAUCGCGAAUGGCAGACGUCGCUGUUCUCGCUGCUCCAGAGCCAGUCCUACAAUCAGUGCGAGGUCGACCUGUUCGAGCUGAUGUGCAAAGUAUUAGACCAAAAUCUGUUCUCCCAGGUCGAUUGGGCGCGAAAUACGAUAUUCUUCAAGGAUUUGAAGGUUGACGAUCAGAUGAAGCUCCUCCAGAACAGCUGGUCGGAUAUGCUGGUGCUCGACCAUAUACACCAGCGCCUGCACAACGGGCUGCCGGACGAAACCACCCUGCACAACGGGCAGAAGUUUGAUCUCUUAGGUUUAGGGCUGCUGGGCGUGCCGAGCCUGGCCGAGCACUUUAACGAGCUGCAGAACAAGCUGCAGGAGCUCAAGUUUGACGUCGGCGACUACAUCUGCAUGAAGUUCUUGCUGCUGCUGAAUCCCGAUGUCCGGGGGAUCACCAACCGAAAGACGGUCGUCGAGGGCUACGAGAACGUGCAAGCGGCCCUGCUGGACUACACGCUUACCUGCUAUCCGUCGGUGCCUGACAAGUUCAGUAAGUUGCUCAGUAUUAUUCCGGAGAUUCACGGAAUGGCAGCACGGGGCGAGGAGCAUCUGUACAUCAAGCACUGUGCCGGCAGUGCACCCUCCCAAACGCUGCUGAUGGAGAUGCUGCAUGCCAAGCGGAAAUGAAGCUGGCCGGUUGAACCGAACCCACCACAACCACCAGCACCACCAUCGGCCGCACUGCCACCGGUGCAGCCCCUCCACCACCACCACCAUCAUCCGGUCGGUGGUUAUCGUCGUGUAACGCGUGCAGCUGAGGCGGAGGAAUGAACAGCGGAGGCGCGCGAGUGACCGAAAGAACCAAUCCAAUAGUGGAGCUGAUGCUUGCUUCUUGCUGUCCAUUUCAAUCCACCCCAAAUCACCAACAGGCAACAUCGCGAGACGCACGUAAGCGCACGUGCACAUCUACACACGCACGCACAAACAAUCACACACACACACAUACUCGUGCAAUCACGUCCAGGAUGUUAUUGUUUUAAUCUCCACAAAAAAGAGGUCACUUGAGGAAGAGGGCAAGGAUGUGAGAUGUAUUUGUGUGUAUACUUAAACUCAGUUGUUUCCGCUCGCUAGACUUAAAAUUCCGGAAUGAAGGGAACGAGGCAGGCUUUUGCAAGUGUCCUUCCCUUUAGCGCGCGUGUGUGUGUAUGUGUGUCUCGUAUGUUACUUCACUUAUCCACCAUCCUCGUUACUAUCGUUAAUUAAGGUUUAACGUUAUCGAUCUUUAAGGCUCUUUAAGCACACGCACACACGGACACAAAAACACGAAUCGUCGCGAAACAAAUUUUGCUAUUUGUUUAUUGUUUUUUUAAUAUCUUUUAGUUCGUUUUUUUUCUUCUCUUAAGUAAACGUGGUAUUAGGGGUUAGUAGUGUUUGUAGUAGCUAGGGAAUAGACAGCGAUAGAAUACAGCACCCGAACGGUCAAGGAUCGUUAUAGAGUGUAUGUGUGUGUGUAUGUGUGUUUGUAAGUGUUCGGGCGCGUAUAUGUGUAAAAAAAAGAAAAGAAAAUCCCCAAACCUUGACGAACGUACACUAAAAAACGGCUACCAGGUGUGAUGAAACAAAUUUUAGAAAUGAUGGUGAUUUAAUGUAAUUACGAGCAUCGGGAAGAAUCGGAAUGAAAUUGUGCAAUGAGUGUAGUAGGUCCUUUCAAAACAAUAUGAACAAACCGCCUAACUCUAGAAUACAUUAUGUGACGCACACACACACACACACCUACACUCAAUAGAAGAAACCAACAAAAUCACACACACAUUAACUUGUCGUUACCAACUGCAUCUCAGCGAAAACUACCAGAAAUGUUUUAUUCUCUAUUUAUUGUGUGUUUGGCAACGGGCGGGAGCAGCAUGGGCAGCAAAAGCAAAUAGUAGAAGUGAGGGCCCAGGCCUUGCAGGAUGUAGAUUGCUAAACACUGCAUCGGAAGAGUAGCUUUGUGCGGUCUCUUCACCUGUGGCUAUUCAUUUAAGCGUGUGUCCCACUGUAACGAUCGUGCAGUGUAAGUAGCAGCAGUGUAGCCAGGAAGGGAAUCGAAUCGGUGAUAUGUAUAGAGGUUAGAUAGGAAGAAAGAGAUAGAGAGAGAUGGUUACUCCAUCGGGAGAGUGGAAAUUAUUUUAAAUCUUCUAACGCAAAUUGAAAUGGGAGAAAGAUGUUGUGGACGAUUUGCCAUUAGGACGCUAAAUUACAAACCACACACCCCUCUUCAAUGGGGGAGGCUCCGUAUGGCCACCGCCAUGGCGCACCUGCGUGCUCCGUGUGUGUGUGUGUGUGUGUGUGUGUGAGUGUUCUGUGUGUACGUGUGCACUUGUGCACGUGAAAUCACUACGUUUUUUUACGCAAACAAAACAAAUGCAAAUGAAAAGAUCGUUUAAAGAAACGCAAAGAUAAAUAUAUGUACAGUUUGUUAUAUAUAAGUUUGAGAAGAAGCUAAGAAAAGGAGAAGAAAAAACACACACACACACACACCUACAGUAUGUUUAAAAUUGCAUGAGUAGUGUGAUGGGAAAAGGAUUGUAAAUUUUGUUUAUGUUUUAACACACUUACCCCACUACAAACAGCAAAUGCAAAAGAAAAUGGAAAAGAAAGAGAGAAAAAAUCCGGGAGGAUAGGAAAGGCAACCACUUUGCUAAAAAAUACUAAGUACUAAGUGCGCACACGCACGUGUGUUAAUAGUGAUCUAGAAAAGGAGAGAAAGCGAGUGUGUGCGUGUGUGUGUGUGCGUGUGAAGGGAAUGUUGGGAGGUUUUUAGUAGUGAUAGAAACUAAUAGUGUAGCUGUACUAAAAACGAAGAAGCCGAAGAGAGGGUGAGUAGGAAGAAAAACACAACACACAAUAAUACGCAUACAGCAACAACAAAACAACACACACACAUAUAAAAGGAAACAAAGGAUCUAAAACUAAGUGUUCACUAAAUGUUAAAGCAAAAAUCAUGAUUACAUUACAAAACAAAACAAACUAAAAAACAAGCAAGAAAGUAGAUAAGGAAAAAAAUACGCAGAAUUAGUAAGUGAGGCAAGGUUUAAUAAGAAGCGGGGUUUAGUAGACAGCAACAGUCCGUUUCAUGCGUACGCUUUGCCGGUUCGGUUUGGUUUAUAGUUUUCGGUUUAUCUUUUUUUCUUUCGUUUUUUGAAGAGGGUUUUAAACCACCCAUCGCCGGAAUGGGGAGCUACUGGGGAAGCGUGAUGCGUUUUUGUGUAGUGCAAUUUGCAGUGCAACAGGCGCUGCAGCAUCCUGCCUUUGGCUUUGUGUGUCUCGGAGAGAGUGUUGUUUCUUUUCCUCUCCCGGUUAUUGCGCUUGUGAUUGUGUUUCAUGUUUUAUCAUCAUUGGUGCCAGGUGAUUAACCGGUAUGGCCGACUUUUUUCUUUGGAAAUUCCUCCCCUUUUCACGCAGCAUACAAUGGGCCGUAAACUGGGAACGGUUUCAACAAAUACUGGCAGUGCAGUACAGUAACGGAAACUUUAAUACAAAAAGAAAAAAAACACACACACACAGAAAUAGAUAACCGUUUAUAAAUGCCUAUACUACACCAUCGUUGCUGUUACAAACUGAUAUAAUAUCUAAAACCACACACCACACACGCAUACUGCAAACAAACAAACAAACAAACAAAGCAUACAAAGUAUAUAAAACUACUGUUCUAACUGUUAUGAAAAUAAUGUGUACACCCAACUUACCAUAAUGUGCAAAAACAAAAAAAAAGCAAACAAACAUCCCCUAGAAAGAGAGAGAAACUGUUGAUAUUAACUUUUAUUUCUUCCUUGUCUCCACGAGUGAAGAAAAGCGAAAAAUCCAACAUUUAAGAGACAAACAAAAAUAGAACUAACCGAUGUACUAUUUAUAAAUAUAUAAAACUCUCAAAACCUGAAUAGUCAGCAACAGAAUGUUACCGAAUAUCUACAAAACAAACGUAAGAAAACAAAAAACAAAACACAAUGUAAAAUGUAAAGUGCAAGUAAUAGUGUAAUAAUACCCUCCCGCAAAAAUAAUCCACAAAACCCAUUAUGCGCAAUAGCACAGAUUUUAAAACCGCUUUCGACGUGCAUCACAAACAGCAACUCACACAAGUAGUAUGAGUAAAACUGAGCAACAAACUGGCAGCAGAACAGCAGAAAAUACCUACAUAAAACAAACAAAAAAGGCCGAAUGAAUCCGUCUAUUUACACAGCAAAAUAAGCCUACUGUAACUAAAAAUGAAAUGCGUGAAUUGAAAGAUUUAAGAAAUGUAAAAGUAAAAACCACAAACACAGCGGCGAAUGAUCCAGGAAGAGAAAACACACGAAAGAUAAAUCUUUCAAGAGUUAGCAAGAUAAGCGGGCGUUAGAGCAGAAGAGAGAAAGAGAUGGAUGCCAACGCAGAAAAGAAGAAAAAUAGCGUAGCCGGGAAAAGAGAAGAAGAAAAGGACACAAAAGAGGGGAAAAACAGCAAACAGCGGUACAGCAAACAAAUUUUCUCUUUACAUUGUAAAUAGUAGCGUGUACGUAUUGUGUUUAAGGGCAUUCUUUACAUUCCAUCUCCUGUUCUUGGCUUUAAAGGGGUGACAACGCGGUCAAAUGUUGCCAUUUAUGUUCUUCUUCUUCUUUAUUUUUUCUCGCUCUUGUGUUCUGUUCUAUGUUCUAUUUUCUGUUUUACUAUCUGAUCUACUACUGUUUACUACUACUUCUACUACUACUACUACUCCUGCUCUGUUUCCUGCACUCAUACAACGCUUGUCUCAUAAUGUGUGCGGCGUCUUUUUUAGAUAUGGUUCAAUAAUAUAUAUUAUCUUGCUAUUGUUAAACUGUUUCUUUUUUAUUUAUUUCCAUUCUCUCUUGCUUUUAUGCUUUCUGUCCUUUCUUUGUUUCUUGUUAUGGUUUUUUUCUGUGCUCUAUUCUAUUUUUUCUGUUAUUUUUCGUUGCUUUAAACUUUUUUCUCUGUUGUUGGUAUUGGCUAUUUAUUUUACAUUUUCUUAUUCUUUUGAAUCUCUGUUCACUAAUAGAACGGCUACCAGUUACACACUGUCGAAUUUUAUUCUCAUUUUCAGUAUGUACCUUUUUGCAACAGUAUAUUUUCUUCUCUGGGGUUCUUCCAGCUCUUUUCUGCUCUUUUAUUGUCUGUUCUAUUAUUUUCAACACUUUUCCUCUACUUUCUAUUCUCUUUUAUUUUAUUCUGUACCCUUUUAAGACAUUUCCUUUUAUUUAUGCUCCUUUUUCUUCACGCCUUCCAAAUCCAACCUUUCAAAUGUGUGUUGCUUGCGAGAAGCGGACAAAUCGUUAAACAAUGAAAACCAAGUAAUGAAAUCGAGUAUCGAAUGUGUUCCGAAUAUAUGCAUCACUCUUUACAAAGUUACGCACUGUUCGUGUAUUAGUGUGGUGUGUAUGUGAUUAAUAUGUAGCUGUACAAGCGUGGUCGUAAAGCUUUAUGAAAAGGGGCGGGGGAAGUAAAACAAUACAACAAACACACAAUACACAACGUUACCAAAACAAACCAUAAAUACAAACAAACCAUUACUUACAAAUACAGAAAAGGAUAGGGAAAAGAACAAAAAAAAUAGUUUCUAAAGUAACUUACUCCUGAAACACAGAUGGAGAAAUAGAAGCAAACCAAAACACUGUAGAAACGCCUUGAACGAUGUGUGUUAGCUUUCAGUAGCAUUCAGAGAGGGGAGCUAGGACACGGCAGCAAGAAGCAGAAGAAGGAGCCGAAUGUGGUAGAAGAUUAGAAUCCACCCCUCCACAAACCCCCCAUUUGCAGGACUUUUGCCGCUCCCAGCAGGAGGAAUGCUUAGAAACAAAACGAUAUAUUUUUCGAUGUAAACUUUUUGUCCCCUUUUAGCCUAUCCCAAUCAAAAACAGGAUUGUUGGCGGCAUGGUCCUGCUCAUUCACACACACAUAAUACACACUCACAAAGCAGCAACACAUACAGCUACAGAAACAACACAUGAACUAAAAUGAAAUGCCUUUUCAAAGUACAAACGUGUUUGUUGAAGCGAAGUGGAAAGGAUCGAUGGAGGUGUGUAGUAGAAGUGGAAGUUCCGAGUAGUGUUCCGUGGGAGGGGGACAUGCGUUGUAUUUGAAGUAGUGAGUCGUCGUUUUGCGUAGGAUUAUCUCUCGUACCUUGUACAUAUGAUUUGGUGCUGGUUUGCCCGUACGGAGCGAACCAUCUAGCUAGGGUGACCAAAAAAAAACACAAAAUCUCUUCUCGUGUGUUUGUGAGCGUGUCUGUUAUCUGUCAUUAGUGUAGUGGAUGUGCUAGAUAAAGGAAGAAGAUAGGAAAGAGUGUGCGAAAAACACACACACACACACACACACACACACACACACACACACACACACACACACACACACACACACACACACACACACACACACACACACACACACACACACACACACACACACACACACACACACACAAACCGAUGGGAAAUGUAGAAGUCAAAAACGUAUCCUCGCUUCACAUGAACAAAAGAUAAGAAGAACAUAAAAAAUACAUUAUAAAUAGUGCGCUUAUUGGGAAAAGCAGCACAUAUAAAUAUUUUAGAUAGAAAAAGGCAACAAAGAAAUAACUACAAGCAACACACGUUUGAAAGUAAUUUAAAUCGGGUUGGAUAUGUACUGUUUAGCAGAUUGAUAAAAGCAAACAAAAUAUAUCGGCAAAAUAACAACAAAUAUGAAUGAAAAAAUCUAAAACAAAAAAGCUGCUACAAGAAGUUAUUAGUCAAACAAACAAACAGAUAUUGUUUAAGAGUUAAUUGACAUAAUUGAUUGCUUUUUAUCAUUUAUUUCUUCUCCUUAAUCCACACACAAUGAACAUAAAUGAUCCCAUUUACACGAGGCAGCAAUCAUCAGGGCAGGGUAGCAAUCAUCACCCCUCAACUCGACAGGACAGGCGUGUGUGAAGAAGGCAGAGCCACAGGACAGCGAUGUAAGGUUAAAAGAAUAGGAAAAAAGCCGGUAAAAACAUACGUAGCUAGUUGUUUAGUCGAAGAAGAAGAAGGUAAAGAAGAAGAAGAAGAAGAAGAGGAAGAAAAAACAGACCAAUGUUAUUUGAAGAAAAAAAACAAAACAUUCCAGCAGCCGCCAGCCAGUAACAGUACAGCGAAACAGGAAUGCGAUCGUGAUCGUUAGGUGUGCAAAAAGAAGAAAAAAAAGAAAACAAAGCGAAGAAGCUAAACUUAAAGAGCUAAAAACACACACACACACAAACAAACAAACAAACAAACAAAACCGUGGAAAUAUUAUUAGAUUGAAAAUCAUAAUUUGCCACAGUGAUAUAUUAUUAGGCAGUAGUAGGACGACACUAUUAGGAUGUAGAAAAACAAACGAAAGGAAAAAAAGUGCCCACUGUUUUAGUGUCGUUUUUCCUCUUUUCUUUUCCUUUUCGCUCCGUUGGCAUCUCGAAUCAAUCUCUUCUCCCUGAUCUAAUGCUCGCCUGAAGGCGGCGGACCAUUUUCUAUCUUGGAUCAUUCGUUGCUCUUUCGUUUUGGGCACGCGUAGUGUGAAUUAGGCUAGAAGAGGGAGGUCAAAAUUUAAACACAAAAACACUACUGCACCACAAAACACACAAACUUUCUGGUUUCCCGAGCUCACUAGAACUCCGCACACAUACUCGCAUAACGCAAAAGUAACGCAAAAACUAGCUGUGCAAAACCGUAGCGCAAAACACACACACAACAACAAAUACGCAACCAGAAUUGGGGAGGAAAAAACGAAACGAAAAAGAUGCAAAAAUCGUGUGUAAUGUGUAUAAAAUAAGUGUAAGUGUAAAGAAAACGUGCAACCACAACCACACACUACAUCACAAAUAGAAGAAAAGAAAACAAAGGCUAAAGCAAAAUGAAGCAAAAAGAAAAUGCGAUAUUACAAAAAAAAAGCAAAACAGUCACGCGUGAGAAGACAAACAAAAAGAAGAUAUGAAAAAUGAGAGACCGAAGCGAGAGAUAAGAGAGAGAGAGUGAAAAAGUGAAACAAACAAACAAACAAACAAAAAAAUUGGGUACCUUACCUUGAUGUGUUUUCAGAAGAGUUUCUUCUGUCUUUGUAGUUUACGAUUAUUGUUUUGUUUUAUCUACUUUUUCCAUCUUUCUUUAUACAUUUUCUUUCUAGAAGCUAGAAUUUUAAGCCGUUUAUACGCAUAAGUUUAGUACACUAAUCUAUUCUACUUUACUUUUCUUUCUCAUUUUCUUACCUCGUUCCACUGUUCACUCCAUUCUCUAUCUAUACUGCUCUACUUUACAAUUUUCCUCUACUUUCACCCUUCUUAUUUUUCAAUCUGUUACCCUAUUUCCCCAAUUUCCUUAACACACCUACACCUACUUAAAAUAGCGUUUGGGUUUUGUUUUAAAGCAUUAUUUUUCGUCUUCGCCGCCGCUACCCUUUUACUUGUUUUAUAUUUUGUAAUAAAGUCGUUAGUAAUAAUAAUCGUGUAAUAAUUAAUAAUAAAAAU